AUGGAGGGCCAAAGUGCUGAAAUUGUGAGGGAAAGGGACAUCUUCAACGAAAUUGUAAACGUGAUUUUGCCAAAAUGCUGGAAUUGUGGAGAAAGAAACAUCUACGAUGAGAUUGUAAUCGCUGGAAUUGUGGAGAAAAAGGACAUCUACUGCGAGGUUGUAAACAACGCCCUAGAAACAAUUACUGUCGUCAUUGUGCAGCAACAUGGGGUCACGGCCGACUGCUUCAAACAAGGAGGCGUGAUACUGCAAGAUAUUGAAUGGUUUCAUAGCAGAAUCCGAGUUUGGAUGUGCUAUCUUAUGUUUCGUUUUAGCCGAAAAUCUACUAGUUUUGCCUCAACUGAAGUAGCAAUUGCUUUGGUGAUCCCAAGACAGCCUCAGUACAACGCGACUCCAGAUCCGCAUUUGGAACAAAAUUUUCUAACGGAUCUACAGUUCGGUCACUGGGUGACUGCAAACGCCAAUGAGAGCGGCUACUAUCAUUAUUCAAAUGUCAAAAGAAUUAUGUACGAGUGA